AACGCUAUUGGUAGUACUGUCAGUACUUGCAGUGCAUAACGGAACGCACCCUCAAUCGUCAACCGUAACCCCAAUUUUAAAAAACUAUUGUUCUCUCCAAACCUUGUUUGCUUCACAAUGUCAAAUGUGUUUACAAUUAACAAAUUCAAUCAUUACUGUGUAUAUUUAUACUGUGCUGUAUUUGAAAGCCUUUGAUUGACCAAUCGAGAUACAGAUUUGAUUAUCCUAAUUGGUCAACUAAAAUAAAACGCAGUUAGUAUUUCAAAUGUUAUGGCUAGUAAUACUGCUGAGACAACAUUUGAGAACUUUGAAAUAAAUGAACAAUUCAAGAAGAAAGAACGCUCCUUGAAACUAGAUGUAUUGAGAAAGGCGCACAACAAGAUUGUACAUAAAAGAGAGAUGUUGCCUAUUGUGACACACUGGCCCAGUAUUUCUACCAUCAAUGUGGAUUCAAAUUCCAGUUAUGUGCCUUCAAUGAUGCAAACUUCUACGGUUAACAGUGAAGUCUUGGUUUCCAGUAAUAAUUUGAAAAGCUUAACAAGGAAAAAUUAUAAGCCCAAUCAGAAAAUAACUACAUCCAGCAUCAAACAGGAUGAUCGACAUGUUAUGCCACCCCCAAUGAGGAAUUCAAUUUAUCGUACUUUUAAAGAAACACAAGACAAAAUCCCUACAUUGCAGAAAUAUGAAAUGGUAAUGUCGAGUCCACUUAAUAGAUCUGUCCAGUCUUCUACAGUAAAUACUCAUAAUUUAAAUGCUGCGAGCUGUAUAUCCACUAAUCCAAAUACUAACAAAAAAGAUCGGCAUUUUUUUGUUGUAACAUUGCCAUCUACCAAUGAGCCUCAGAAAGUUAACAGAAUAUUUUCAAGAUGGAGAGUUAUGUUGAAUCAUAACUAUGAACUAAUAAUUAAAGGAACAUUAGAAUGUGGAAGAAUUGCACAUAGCAAACCAAUUAUAAGGAGAUAUACUGCAACAUAUAUUGAGUCUAAGUAUAAGCAUAAAUAUAAUCUUCAAGGAAAUAUUGUUGAUGAAAGAAAUGUAUUACCAGAUUAUAUUCGUGGAAAAUUUUAUAAUGGUUUUCCUGACGAUUGGGAGAACGUUUAUCAGAUAUGGAGAACAUAUGUCAGCCAAGGAUAUCCAGUUACGUUUCGUUGGCCUACUCCUAUUACUGAUAGUGAUGAUGACUUAAAAAGUGAAGUAACAGAAUUGGCUCACAUACAUACAAGAAAUAGAAAUAAUAAUACUAUUCUUAUGAAAACUUAUGAAUCGAUUGGACAUACUAAAUCUGAAAUUCCAAGUGACAAAUCUCCAAAAAUAAAAGAAAAAUAUCAUAAUAGUUCCUCUCAUAGUUUUCAAAACUAUGAAAAUACUUCAUUUGUAAAACCUCUUAUUUCCAACUUUGAAAGAGAUACAACUCCAGUGAUACAAACAAGAAAUACAAAAUUAGCAUGUGAUGAGUAUAACAAACAAAAUACUGAAUUGGAUACAAAUUCGGUGUACAAUUCCAAGGGAAUAAAUAAAUUAAAAGAUGUCAUUUGCGAGGAUAAAUUGAAUAUAAUUGUCAACAAUUUGAUGGACAAAAAUUGUUCUCCAGAUUAUAUCAAGAAAAUUAUCGAGAUGUUUGAUUGCUUGGACUAUGUAGUAUCUUACAGAACAACAUCGGAGUGUAAUGACUCGGUGGUUUUCCCGGAUUCUGCAACAUCAUUCAAAUCAAAGACGAUUCCGCAGCUGAGUCUCCCUGACAAUCGUAUGAAUACUAAUAAGCUUAGGAGUGAAGUAACAGAACAAUGGAAAAAUUACACGCAUUUCACCGACCUGAGAUGUAAGAGUAUAAAAAGUGAUUCUAAUGCUGCUCAAUCAUCGAAUCCAAUAAAUAUUAAGCCACAAUACAAUAAAAAUGAUGAUUUGGAUGAAUUAUCAGAGAGCGAGAUUUACGCGGGCGUACCCAAAAUCUCGAUUGAACGAGUCUUGCAUGCCAAAAAUACAUCUAGAAAAACAUUCAAACAUAAAAUGAAGAAGAAAUCGACAAAUUCACAAUGUAACGUCAAAGAAAUCGAAUUUGAACCUGCUCACGCGACAACUUCGAUCGCUAACAAUAAGAACACUUUACCUUCUUACAAAUCUUCUAUUAGUACAGAUGAUAAAGUAAAACUGACAAGUACAAAGCAAUGUUAUGACAUGGUAAAUAAUAUUACGCAAAGAUCACAGGACACUUUUUGCAGCAAUCCGGAGAUCCAGAGGAAUAAUUGCAACAUGUACGCAAAUAAGCCUGCAAUACAAGAUAAACAACAAUUCAAUACUUUUGAGGUACAAAGAGAUCAUUCGAGGAUCUUUACAAAGGAACAACAGAAGAUUCGACAAUUUGUUGCAGAUAUAGAUUAUAUUGACGAUUCCGAUAUUGACGUCGCAUCUGUAAGCACAAAUAUGCAGAAAACAGAUGGAAAUAUGAUAGCAUCGCAAUCUAAUCUGGAUCAAGACAUUGUUGUGAUCAGUAGCGAGAAUAAUAGUAAUUUUAAGCCUCUUAUAAUGCGACAAAAACACAGGGAAUUUAUCGAACCAUUAAAGAACGAGAUUGCGACAAAAAAAUCCAAACCUAGCAUAAUCAGUUCCAUGCCGGUAAACCUGAACUUAAAGAUAAAAAGAGCAGAUUCCAGACCAGAACAGUUAAGUUCAGAUAUGAAUAUUGUGGAGAACGAAGGGGUCGAACAAUAUUUCAAUAUUCAACCAGUGGAAGAGGUGCACAAUAAGAAAUUUGUAUCAAAAACGUUAAACACUAUAACAAAAGCGAAUGAUUCUCACUCAAAAAUAGCCGAUAAUAAAAAAGAAAUCUAUCCGACAACGAAUAAGCAAACUAAAUUGAAUACAAAUGUGACUAAUUUGACGAAACCGAUAGUAAAUCCAACAAUUGAACAGUCUGAAAGCAAUGAAAUUGAAAAUAAUGCCAAAGUGCUGAGCACGUGGAUGCCGAAAGUAAUAUAUUAUGCAAAAUCGAAAUCUGAAUUGGGCUUGACUUUUGAAGGAAAAUUGCUCAAUGAAUUUGGUCAUGUUGUGCAUAGGAAAUUCACGACAGAUAUUGUGCUGAAACGAAUAUCGGCCACAUUGAUCGAAACAGUGAAUCACGAAUUCUACAAACUUCUCGGAUGCUUGAACGACAAUAAGCACGUUAUUCCUAAGGAACUUGCAAAACAAUGUCGUAAUGGAUGUCCUACAAACAUUGAACAAUUUUGUUUGACUUGGAAAAAGUUGGAAAGCAGUGAACAAAAAUGAAAGAGAAACUUAAUGAUACAUUAAUGGACUCGCUGAAUACAUCUGUUAGUUCAAGAGGCCGUAGAAUCGUACCUGUUUUAUCAUACUGGACAGGUGAACGCAUAAGUUUAAAAGAUAACAAUCUAGUUUAUAACCCGGGUAGUUCACAGGAAUCAUCAUUAAUUUCAUUAAAUAAAUCUCCAAAAAAAGAUUGAAUACUGAAGAAACAAAAAGGAAACAGAAAGUAAGUUACAAGAAUACCUCAAAGGACCAAAAACU